AUGUGCGCAAAUUCGGUCCGCCUCGGCGGCUUGCCACAGCGCAUCACUUCGAAUCAUGUGCGGAUGUGCGCAAAUUCGGUCCGCCUCGGCGGCUUGCCACAGCGCAUCACCUCGAAUCAUGUGCAGAUGUGCGCACUUUCAGUCCGCGUCAGUGGCUUGCCACAGCGCAUCACCUCGAAUCGUGGCUUGCCACAGCGCAUCACCUCGAAUCGUGGCUUGCCAAAGCGCAUCACCUCGAAUCAUGUGCGGAUGUGCCCACUUUCAGUCCGCCUCUGCCUUGCCAAAGCGCAUCCCCUCGAAUCAUGUGCGGAUGUGCGCAUAUUCAGUCCGCGUCAGUGGCUUGCCACAGCGCAUCACCUCGAAUCAUGUGCGGAUGAGCGCAAAUUCGGUCCGCCUCGGCGGCUUGCCAUAGCGCAUCACCUCGAAUCAUGUGCGGAUGUGCGCACUUUCAGUCUGCAUCAGUGGUUUGCCACAGCGCAUCCCCUCGAAUCAUGUGCGGAUGUGCGCAAAUUCGGUCCGCCUCGGCGGCUUGCCACAGCGCAUCACCUCGAAUCAUGUGCAGAUGUGCGCACUUUCAGUCCGCGUCAGUGGCUUGCCACAGCGCAUCACCUCGAAUCAUGCGCGUAUGUGGGCAUAUUUAGUUCGCCUCAGUGGCUUGCCAAAGCGCAUCACCUCGAAUCAUGUGCGGAUGUGCGCAAAUAUAGUCCGCAUCAGUGGCUUGCCACAGCGCAUCACCUCGAAUCGUGGCUUGCCACAGCGCAUCACCUCGAAUCGUGGCUUGCCAAAGCGCGUCACCUCGAAUCAUGUGCGGAUGUGCCCAAUUUCAGUCCGCCUCAGUGGCUUGCCACAGCGCAUCACCACGAAUCAUGUGCGGAUGUGCGCAAAUUCGGUCCGCCUCGGCGGCUUGCCACAGCGCAUCACCUCGAAUCGUGGCUUGCCACAGCGCAUCACUUCGAAUCAUGUGCGGAUGUGCGCAAAUUCGGUCCGCCUCGGCGGCUUGCCAAAGCGCAUCACCUCGAAUCAUGUGCGGAUGUGCGCAAUUUGAGUCUGCCUCAGUGGCUUGCCACAGCGCAUCACCUCGAAUCGUGGCUUGCCACAGCGCAUCACCUCGAAUCGUGGCUUGCCAAAGCGCAUCACCUCGAAUCAUGUGUGGAUGUGCCCACUUUCAGUCCGCCUCAGUGCCCUGCCAAAGCGCAUCCCCUCGAAUCAUGUGCGGAUGUGCGCAUAUUCAGUCCGCCUCAGUGGCUUGCCACAGCGCAUUACCUCGAAUCAUGUGCGUAUGUGCGCAUAUUCAGUCCGCGUCAGUGGCUUGCCACAGCGCAUCACCUCGAAUCGUGGUUUGCCAAAGCGCAUCACCUCGAAUCAUGUGCGGAUGUGCCCACUUUCAGUCCGCCUCAGUGGCUUGCCAGAGCGCAUCACCACGAAACAUGUGCGGAUGUGCGCAAAUUCGGUCCGCCUCGGCGGCUUGCCACAGCGCAUCACCUCGAAUCAUGUGCGGAUGUGCGCAAUUUGAGUCUGCCUCAGUGGCUUGCCACAGCGCAGCACCUCGAAUCAUGUGCGGAUGUGCGCAAAUUCAGCCCGUCUCAGUGGCUUGCCACAGCGCACCACCUCGAAUCAUGUGCGUAUGUGCGCACUUUGAGUCUGCCUCAGUGGUUUGCCACAGCCCAUCACCCCGAACCAUGUGCGUAUGUGGGCAUAUUUAGUUCGCCUCAGUGGCUUGCCACAGCGCACCACCCCGAACCAUGUGCGUAUGUGCGCAAAUUCAGUCCGCCUCAGUGGCUUGCCACAGCGCAUCACCUCGAAUCAUGUGCGGAUGUGCGCAAAUUCAGUCCGCCUCAGUGGCCCGUCACGGCACAUGACCUCGAAUCAUGUGCGGAUGUGCGCACUUUCAGUCCGCCUCAGUGGCUUGCCACAGCGCAUCACCUCGAAUCAUGUGCGGAUGUGCGCACUUUCAGUCCGCCUCAGUGGUUUGCCACAGCGCAUCACCUCGAAUCAUGUGCGGAUGUGCGCAUAUUCAGUCCGCUUCAGUGGUUUGCCACAGCGCAUCACCUCGAAUCAUGCGCGUAUGUGGGCAUAUUUAGUUCGCCUCAGUGGCUUGCCACAGCGCACCACCUCGAAUCAUGUGCGGAUGUGCGCAUAUUCAGUCCGCUUCAGUGGCUUGCCACAGCGCACCACCUCGAAUCAUGUGCGGAUGUGCGCACUUUCAGUCCGCCUCAGUGGCUUGCCACAGCGCAUCACCUCGAAUCAUGUGCGGAUGACCGCACUUUCAGUCCGCCUCAGUGGUUUGCCACAGCGCAUCACCUCGAAUCAUGUGCGUAUGUGGGCAUAUUCACUCCGCCUCAGUGGCCCGUCACGGCACAUGACCUCGAAUCAUGUGCGGAUGUGCGCAAAUUCAGUCCGCCUCUGUGGCUUGCCACAGCGCAUCACCUCGAAUCAUGUACGGAUGUGCGCAAUUUGAGUCCGCCUCAGCGGCUUGCCACAGCGCAUCACCUCGAAUCAUGUGCGGAUGUGCGCAUAUUCAGUCCGCUUCAGUGGUUUGCCACAGUGCAUCACCUCGAAUCAUGCGCGUAUGUGGGCAUAUUUAGUUCGCCUCAGUGGCUUGCCACAGCGCAUCACCUCGAAUCAUGUGCGGAUGUGCGCACAUAUAGUCCGCAUCAGUGGUUUGCCACAGCGCAUCACCUCGAAUCAUGUGCGGAUGUGCGC